UUUUUUUUUGUAUCCUUUUGGAACAUUGUCUGUUGUUGAUGCUGUUGAGUUACUAUUAUCGCUUGGUGAUUGCAGGUACUCACUUAUGUCACAGUUUCUCACAUCAGGGUCAACUUCUACUGUGAUCAGUUGCACUGUUUGUGGGACGAUGCCAGAGUCCAAACCUUGUGUACUUGUUGAGGGCCUGUUCCCGAGCAUUUCCUCCAGUAAAUCGUAGUAUUCACACUUGUCUCGUUCCACACCACUUUUACUAUUUUCUUUCUUGCAUGUGUUGUUUUAGACGCUGUUUGCUCGUGAUUCUUCAUAGUGUAGCCCUUUUUUUUCCAUUUCUGCAUGUACUAACUUAUAUAUUUCUGCAUUUUUGUACCUCCUCCCGUCAAACAGUUUAAUUAUUUCUCGUUCCCCUACAAUUUCCAACAAAACUAACACUUCUUCUGUUGUCCACACAUUCCUACUAACACUUGUCAUUUUUAAACAACACACUUUAAAGUGUUAUACACAACUGCCGUUGGUAAAAAAUGCUGUGCAUAUUUACUUUCUAUCGGUUUCCAAUACGAUAACGGUUUCCAUGCCAUUUUCCCCUCUGCUCAAUCCCAUUCCAUCCCACAAUUUUGGUGUAUCGACCUUGAAACUCAUGUGUUGGAACCCAUUUCCAUGGACGUUUUUGAAUAGGUAAGUGUUCUUAAAACGUUUUAAACCCGACAUGGAAACGUGGUAAUUAUUGGGGGGGAAAAAAAAAAAGGAUAAAGUUUGAUAUGUACGGUUGGCACAUGUUGCUAAGAAAUAAUGCGAUCUGAAAGAAUGCAGUACUACUAAGAAAAGUGAACAGGGUACUCAUGGAUUUUUAGGUUAUGACAGUCUCUUUCGUUUUUCAGUAGUAUCGGCCAAAAAUUAACAAGCGUAUCGGAAGUCUGCAGAAAUGCAGAUUCAACUAAAUAUUGGCAAAAUCGGCCUCUUCAGUACAGCUCUACAUUUGAUGACAUGAGUAAACAUAUUUCAGACUUCCAGGAUAUUGAAAAAGACUAAUUUCCAUGUAGGUUUAUUGUGUAUAUGUUUUUUUUGUAAGUGUAAAUUGAAUUAAGUAAAAUGCUUAUAUUUUUAUUACGUUCAAUUGAUUUAACUUUAAUGACAAGUUACAGAUAAUUAUGACACUAAUUUUGAGGUUAAGCAAUUUUAUUUAAGAAUUCCAGCCACGCAGGUUGCCAGCGAGAGAUGCUUCUCUUCUGCUGGAAACACCAUCUCCAAUCGUAGAGUUAAUUUAACUCCUUAACGUGUAGAACAAAUUAUUUUUCUGCAUGAUAGAUUAAAGAACAGAAUUUAAUACUCUAUGACAAUGUCUCUCAGAAUUUUUGUGCUCCAAAGUGGAAAUGUUGAAACAAUGUGAAUGAACUUUUCAAACAACAUGAUUUUUGGUCCUAAGUUUGUUGAAGCUCAGUAGGGACUCCAGAAAAAUUGAAAAGGAUGAAAUUAUUCCAAAGAUAUGUUAUAUUUACUAGGGAUGGGAAAGUCGAUCCGUCGAUUCUUCGAUACCCCGAUUUUUUGAUACAUAAUCGAUAAUCGAGGAUCGGCGAAAAUCACCGAUUAUUAAAAUUCUGCAGGAUGUAGACGUAAAGUGCUGCCUAGCAGCGGUUCAUCGCUGUCGUUGCAGUAAUUUUAGUCAGUUUUACAACUAAAUAAAUAACCAUAAACGAUAUAAUAAAUAAUAAAUGAAAUAUAACAUAGCUUACCACAGCUCAGUUGCCACAAUCCCGUAAGCGGGAACGGAGGUUGGCGAUUUCGUACUGUGCAUUUAGGGUUAUUUAUUUAUUAACGCAGUGUUAUCGUAUAAAGAAAUUGUAGCCCAACUUUUACUUGCUGAAUACACCCACAUUGGUAGCCAUGUGCACAAAAUUUCAAGAUUCUACUGAGAAGUGUGCCACGUUUUCUACGUUUCUAGUAUAUUUAUUCACUUGCGUUGUUGCAUAUUUAUUUUCGUCAAUGAUUUUUUUUGUUAACCAGCAUUUGUCUAUACAUGAACUUUCACAGGUUUGCCAACUUCCGGUACAGAUCUUAUUCUCAAUUACUUAACGAUAAAAUGCAAGAAUAACGUGGCCAUAGCCCGUAACAUUUUACGAGUUACGUAUUUUCCGUAAUUUAUUUAAUAACAGUAAACAUUAAAUCACCAGUUAAUUACGCAACUUAAACAUAAAAUUUCAAUGGACGUUUUUGAAACACGUUUUCAUUCCAGUAAGUUACCAGUACGGCAACUGUAGAAAUUUUCUUACAUGCUUUUGUUUCCAGUGAUGCUUCUUUGUUUGAAUGUUGGGUAAUGUUAGCGCAAUACGAAUAGUAAAAUAACAUUUUUAUUUACGUGAUGUCUAGUGAAGUGUGGAAAUACUUUGUCAUCGACCGACAAAAUUCUGGCUACGCAAUAUGUCAAAUCUGUAAAUGUACAAUCUCACGUGGCGGUAAAUCUAAAACUACAACAAACAUGAAAAAACAUCUCGAAAACAAGCAUGGGAGUUACGUUCAUGAGACGAAGAAACAAAGGCUACAUUCAUCGGAAUUGAGCGAGAUUGAAGAAAAUGAAAUAGAUGAUAGUUCAGCACAAAAUUGUUCUUCAGAGACAACCUUGCCAUUGUCAUCAAAUUCAGAUGUUAGGCCUACUGCUACUGAUUCAUCGAGAGGCAGCGGUUCAGUGUCCCCGAGGCAUGCUGAGAAAGUUGGCCAAACGAAUAUUUCAUCAAGAACACCAAACCAGUAUAGGCUAACUCCUAAAAGUCAAUACCAGCCUACAUUACAAUCAUUUAUUGAUAAAACUGCACAAUUCAAGUCCACUGAUCCUCGUGCAAAAUCAAUAACUCAGCACAUAGGUAGAAUGAUGUGCUUAGACAAUCGUCCUUUUAGCAUGGUUGAAGACAGAGGAUUCACAGAAUUUGUCAAAUUCCUUGAGCCUAGGUAUGUUUUGCCCAGCAGAAAACAUUUUUCAAAUACUGUUGUACCACACAUGUACCAAGAAUGUAGGGAAAAUGUGAACAAAAAGUUGGACGAAGCUGAACAUGUGAGUCUUACAACAGAUAUGUGGACUUCAACAGCCAAUGACGAUUAUCUUGGUCUAACUGUGCAUUUUGUUGAUUCCAAUUUUGUCUUGCAACACCUCAACAUUGGGGUUAUUCCCUUUCCUGAAUUAUCUCACACAGGGAACAAUUUGUGCAAUUUUAUCACAGAAACACUUGAAGAAUGGAAGCUGCAAUCUAAAGUUGUUGCCAUUGUAAGAGACAAUGCCAGGAACAUAACUGCUGGCCUAGAAUCAUCCGAAUAUGAACAUCUGCCAUGCCUAGCACAUACCCUGCAGCUUGUUGUAAAGGAAGGGCUACUGAACAACAAGAAUGUAAAUAAUCUGAUUGCCAACGGUCGUCGCAUAGUUGGCCAUUUCAAACAUUCUUGUAAGGCGACAAAAGAGCUAAAGAAGGCUCAAGCCACGCUGAAAAUGAAAAAACAUAAACUUAUCCAGGAUGAACCAACGCGUUGGAAUUCAUCUCUCCAUAUGCUACAGCGCUUACUUGAGCAAAAACAGUCUGUUUCUUUAGCAUCAGCAACUCUGCAGUUACCUGUGACUUUUUCAUCAGCAGAAUGGAACCUGAUGACAAAUGUAGUAAACCUUUUAAGUAUUUUCAACCAUGCAACAUUGGCUGUAAGUACUCAGUGUGUGACAGCCUCAGAAGUCAUACCUAUAAUCAACAGUUCUACUGAAGAGCUAAGGAAACCAGCACCUACUGGAUCAGGUGUACAGGGCAUCAAAAAUGAUAUGCUUGCUGCCAUAACUUUGAAGUAUUCUGAUGUUGAAGAGAAUAUGUUGUACGCAGUUGCAACAUUACUGGACCCACGAUUUAAACACCAUGUUUUUGUGCAGGACGGUAAUGUCACAAAAGCGAAAGUUUUUUUGAUUGAAGAAGCAAGAAAAACUAUCUGUUUGAAACAACCUGAAACUGAGUCUGUGCCGCAAACAUCCAGCCAAGCAAUGGAAAGCCAUGGUAUGUGGACAUUUUACUCAAACAUAAUGAAGACUGCCCCAAGUGUAAGCCACAUCGCAUCAGUUGAAGAUGAGAUUAAUGUUUACUUGGAAGAACCUAUUCAAAAUUCAAGUACCAACGUUUUCCAGUAUUGGAAAGAAAAUACCAAGUACCCAUGUUUAAAAAAACUGUCAAAGAAAUUUCUUUGCAUUCCACCUUCAACUGUACAUUCCGAGCGAUUAUUCAGCACUGCAGGACUGAUUGUUGAUCAGAAACGGAACCGUUUAGAUCCUGAACGAGUCAAAAUGUUGGUUUUUUUAAAUAAGAAUUUGUGAUCUAAUAAGAAUUUAG